UGAGCACCUGCUGUGUGCCUAUCCCCCUCUAAUAUGCAAGACAGUUUCCUUAUUUAUCAUGUUUAUUGCCUUGCACAGCUAGAGUCUAAUGCUCCCUGGGCCAGGAGUUGGGUGUUGUUUUGUUCUGUGCCUUUUCACAAUGCCUCACAUACAGGAAAAUCCAUUAAUUAGACAAUGGGACAUUGAAUAAUAAUAAAAAUGCCUAACAUUAAUCCAGUACCUUCAGCAUGGUGAUCACCUACUACUGAAAUACAUUUUACUUUUUUUUUUACUUAUUUAUCUUAUUGUUGUCAGACAACAGUGUGAAAUUAUAGACAGCAAUGUAGAAUAAGACUAAAAUUCUAAAGAAAAUGGUUAGUAGGCUACAUACUUCCCUCAUUUAUUUGGUUUAUUCUCUUUUAAAUAAUAAUGCCCUUUUAGAACAUAAACCCCUUGAGGGUGGGGAUAUUCUGAACAGACUACUGCCUGACAGGCGUUGACCUGGGGUGGGGUUCAAUGGUACCCCAAAUAAACAAAAUCCUGCCCUCCCUCUGCAAUGGGUAGGGACUGUUGAUGGGUAUGGGAAUUCUUUUCUGGGUAACAAAAAAUGUUCUAAACUUCACACAAUUCUAUGAGUAUGAUAAAUCCAUUGAACUGUACAUUUUAACUGGGGGAACUUCACAGGAUGUAGAUUGUACCUCAGUAAAGCUGUUUGGAAAAUUCUGCCUUGGCACUAAGGAGUUAACCCAGUACUAGGUGAAGCCAUGAGUUUGAUCCUAGCACCCCCAAAAGAAAAGGAAAAAUAUUUCCUUCACAGAGGUUCUCUCUGAGGAAGAAGGGGGGAGACCAACAUAAAUAAUGUAUGCAUAUUAGGAAGUAAUCAGCACACAGUAGGCACUCCAAAUGUUGAUUCAGUGACACCCAGAUAUCCCAGUGCCUCAUAUCCCUUGUUGUCUUUCUUCCAACUUGACAGAGCCUACUGUUCUCUCUUCCCUGAGCUGCCUGUUUUGGGGCAUGGAACUGCCAACAAAGCCUGAUGUCUUUGACCUGGGCCUGGGCACAUGGAACCCCAGCUCAAAGGAGAGUCGAGAGGCUUGGUCACACCGCAAGGGUGUUGGCAAGCGACUGCCUGAGUACAAGGCGGUGGUGGUGGGUGCAAGUGGCGUAGGCAAGAGUGCAUUGACCAUCCAGAUGACCCACCAGUGCUUUGUGGAAGACCACGACCCCACCAUCCAAGAUUCCUACUGGAAGGAGGUAGCCCUGGACCGGGGGGGCUAUAUUCUGAAUGUGCUAGACACUGCAGGGCAGGAAACUCACAGGGCCCUGCGUGACCAGUGCUUGUCAGUUGGUGAUGGUGUGCUAGGUGUCUUUGCUCUCGAUGAUCCUUCAUCUCUGACCCAGCUGCAGCAGAUAUGGGCCACCUGGAGUCCUCGCCACCCCCAGCCCCUAGUCCUGGUGGGCAACAAGUGUGACCUUGUGACCACCACUGGAGAUGCUCAUGCUGCUGCUGUAGCCCUGGCUCAAAGCUGGGGAGCCCCAUUCGUGGAGACCUCAGCUAAGACCCGGCAAGGUGUGGAGGAAGCCUUUUCCCUGCUCAUCCAAGAGAUCCAAAGGGUCCAGAAGGCCAUGGCAGUGUCACGUGAGGAGAAGUCCCAGCACCAGAAGGCCAUGUGCAGCUGUGGCUGCUCUGUGGCCUGAAGAUAUAGGUCUGGAAAGAUGGCUUCUCCCACAGGCCAGGGUGAUGAUUCCUUUGAUAUGAGACACCCCCCAUCAACUAGUAUCAUGGACACUGUUGGUGUAAUGGGCAUAGAUGGACACACUUCAAUUAACUUUCAUUUGGUGAGGUUUUUUUUUGUUUGUUUGUUUGUUUGUUUGUUUUUUGGCAACACGGGGGUUUCUAAUGUUGGCUAUGUUAUGUCAAAUUGAGAGAUUUUUGUGCAAAAUUAAAAUG